CGGGAUAUUUUACUGGCCGUACACACGGAAACUACUUCCGGUUGUCAACAUCCCGGCUGUUAACGUUAGCUAUAACACUGUAGCCGCUCCACGGUCUACAGACGAGUGGAACAGAACAACUGCAUCACAAUGGAUGGUGAAGAAAGGACCUAUGGCGGCUGCGAAGGACCAGAAGCCAUGUAUGUGAAGUUGAUUUCUUCAGAUGGCCAUGAGUUCAUUGUGAAAAGAGAACACGCUCUGACAUCCGGAACUAUCAAGGCCAUGUUGAGUGGUCCAGGUCAGUUUGCUGAGAAUGAAACUAAUGAAGUCAACUUCAGGGAGAUCCCCUCUCAUGUCCUUUCCAAGGUCUGCAUGUACUUCACCUACAAGGUCCGCUACACCAACAGCUCCACAGAAAUCCCUGAAUUCCCCAUCGCUCCGGAGAUUGCACUGGAACUGCUCAUGGCGGCUAACUUCCUGGAUUGCUAAAGUUGCUGAGUUAAAUGCAGUAGCCGAUAACACUUUUAGAUGGUUUUGACUAUUUAACUUGUUUUGCCAUAAAAGAAACCAUGUUGUUUUUGCA